CAUUUUUCAUCUGCUGAUUUAUUCAUCAGGAAAACUGAAACAGCUGUUAAGAACAACUGAGGAAUUAGUGAGACUAUCAAUGGGGCAGUUCAAAUCCAAGACUGAAGGGUUAGCCCCAGGCAGUCUGGGUCAAGGCCAGGUGUCAAAUGGUGAAGAAGGACCUCCCAGAGCAUCAGAACAGGGGGACUCAAAGAUGGAGCUGCGGAAAACGUCCCUUUACAGCACCAUAGACAUGGUGCCACAGAUGGAGCAUUAUGCUGGUACACUGCCACGCGAACAGGCAAAGAGCCGACCUUCUCUGGAGGCUCUACGGAAAACAUUUGAGGAAAGGGCCGGAGGAAAUAUGACCUCCGACGAAAGAAUUUCCAACAUGCCGGAUGGUGAAAAUGAAGAAUCUCAGGGUCCUUCAGAAGAAUCUCCUGUUAGAUUUGGCUGGAUCUAUGGAGUCAAGAUUCCUUGUAUGGUGAAUAUUUGGGGAGUCACCCUCUUUCUCCAACUGACAUGGAUCACCUCUCAGGCAGGAAUUGUGCUGACCGUGAUUAUUAUAUUGAUGUCUGUGACAGUGACCACAGCAACUGCGCUCUCAAUCUCUGCCAUCGCCACCAAUGGAAGAGUGGUAUCAGGUGGGACAUACUUCAUGAUCUCUCGCAGUCUGGGUCCUGAACUAGGAGCAUCAAUUGGGUUGAUCUUUUCCUUUGCCAAUGCUUUGUCUGUUGCACUCAACACUGUUGGUUUUGCACAGGUCGUAUGUGAUCUAAUGCAGAGCUUCAAUGUCCACAUGGUUGAUUAUACUAAUGACAUGCGUAUAGUGGGUGUGAUCACAGUGACCGCUCUUUUGGGCAUUUCAUUAGCUGGAAUGGAAUGGGAGACCAAGGCACAGAUUUUGUUCUUCUUAGUUCUCAUGGUAUCCUUUGCCAACUACUUUGUGGGAACAAUUAUACCUCACAGCGUGGAAAAACAAGGACGGGGAGUCUUUGGAUAUCGCAGUGACAUAUUUAUAGAAAACCUGACACCAAACUGGAGAGGUCCUACUGGCAGUUUUUUCGCUCAGUUUUCAAUUUUCUUCCCUGCUGUCACCGGGAUCCUGUAUGGAGCCAACAUCACUGGAGAUCUCAAAGACCCUUCUUCUGCUAUCCCCAAAGGUACUCUCAUGGCCAUUUUUUGGACUACUCUCAGCUACAUUAUGGUUGCUGUUACUUCUGGUGCAUGUGUAGUGCGGGAUGCUUCUGGAAAUACAAGUGACAUAAUGACAGGAAACAGCACUGAUGGCUGUGUGGGACUGGCAUGUAAAUAUGGCUGGAACUUCACACAGUGCACUGAGUCACAGUCUUGUCAAUAUGGUCUGGCAAACAAUGUACAGGUUAUGGCCGAGCUUUCUGGUUUCUACUACCUCAUCACUGCUGGUGUUUUUGCAGCCAGCUUGUCUUCUGCUCUCGGAUAUCUUGUUUCUGCCCCUAAGAUUUUUCAGUGUCUGUGCAAAGACAAUAUAUACCCUUACAUUGGAGUCUUUGCAAAGGGUUAUGGCAAAAACGAUGAACCACUCAGGGCCUAUCUACUCACCUACUUCAUUGCUAUUGCCUUCAUUCUAAUUGCUGAGCUAAAUACUAUUUCAGCCAUUAUCUCCAACUUCUUCCUAUGUUCCUUUGGUCUUAUCAACAUAAGCUGCUUUCAUGCUGCAAUCACCAACUCCCCUGGAUGGAGGCCAUCAUUCCCUUACUAUAACAAAUGGAUAGCUUUGUAUGGAGCAGUGGUAUGUGUAGUACUGAUGUUCUUUUUUACCUGGUGGACUGCUUUAAUCACCUUUGGUGUCAUCGCCGUCCUGUUUGGUUACAUUAUCUACAAGAAACCAAAAAUAAACUGGGGCUCUUCAGUACAGGCAAGUUCAUACAACGUGGCUUUGUCAUACUCUAUGUCUCUUACUGGAGUGGAGGACCAUGUCAAGAAUUUUAGACCACAGUGCCUUGUCAUGACUGGACCCCCAAAUCAGCGACCUGCACUGGUGGAUUUUGUUGGUGCCUUUACUAAGAAUGCAAGCCUUAUGAUCUGUGGAGACAUUAUGAUGGAACCAGACAGGCAGACCCAGCAUCAGGAUGCUACAGAUCAGUCGGUUAAAUGGCUGAACAAGAGGAAGGCAUGCUCAUUUUAUACUCAGUUUACUGCUAACACCCUCAGAGAAGGAGUUCGAUACUUGCUGCAGGCUUCUGGUCUUGGCAAGUUGAAGCCCAACACACUGGUCCUUGGUUUCAAGUCAAAUUGGAGGGAAAGUUCUCCUGAAAGCAUUGGAGAUUAUAUCCACACAAUAUACGAUACAUUUGACUCCAAAUUCUGUUUGUGUAUCCUGAGGAUGAUGGAUGGGCUGGACGUCUCUGAUGAGUCUGAUUUUAAAGUGAACCAGGGAUUUGAGCCUGAUGAGUCAGUUGAAUGUGAUGACCAUCAGCUUCCUGAGAGUGAGUCAGCUGAUGGCAUUUCUGAUAACAGCCACAGGGAUCAAAUCAAGACAGUGUUUCAGACUGCCCAAGGAAAGAAGACCAUUGAUGUCUACUGGAUAGCUGACGAUGGAGGACUGACUUUACUGGUGCCCUACCUGCUCACCAGGAGAAAACGCUGGCACAGCUGUAAGAUCAGGGUUUUUAUUGUGGAAAACGAACAAGACAUAGAGGAACGCCGUAAUGAAAUGAUCAACCUGAUGAAGAGAUUUCGUAUCAAAGUUAAUGAUGUUAUUGUCAUGACAGACAGCGAGAAGAGUCCUCAAACGAAAAAUAUGGAUAGGUUUUUGGACAGUGUCGCCCCCUUUAGACUACACGAUGAACAACAGGAAGGUGUUUCUGUUCAGGAGCUAAGACAGAAAGACCCAUGGAAAAUAUCAGACAAAGAGUUUGAGGCCUUGAGACUUAAGUCUGAGAGAAAAGUAAGACUGAAUGAAAUCAUCCGGAAGAAUUCACAACAUACCGCUCUUGUGCUUGUGAGUCUCCCUGUGCCACACAGCGACUGCCCCAGUGCUCUGUACAUGGCUUGGCUGGACACACUGACCUGUGGCCUUCACUGCCCUGUAGUGCUAAUACGAGGAAACCAGGAGAAUGUCCUCACUUUCUACCUCCAGUAAAUCCUGUCUUUUUGUAAUGUAUGAGUCCUGACAGGAAAAAGAAUAAAUCACACAAGAUUAAUAAGUAAACAAUAAAAAUUGUGUAAACCAUGUGCAGUUGUUAGCAAUAGAGGGUUGACAAAUCUAAAGAAUAAGAAAGAGUUAUAAAGAAUUUAGAAUCAAGAAUCUUCACACAUUGAAGACAAUAUCAGUGUGGUUAUUUACUAGGGGUGCAACCAUACACAAAAUUCACGGUUCGGUUCGGUUCAAUACUUUGGUGUCACGGUUUGAUAUUUUUUCGCUAAAA